AUGCUUCCAAAGUUGUUCUUCAUCAUUAUUUCUACACUAAUUUCCUCCUUCAUCUUCACUCAUUCUUACACCCAAUGUCUUCACCAUCAGAGAAACUUGUUGCUUCAACUCAAGGAUGAGUUCAGCUUCAAUUCUUAUCUUUCAACUAAAUUGGUGCGAUGGAAUGAAAGUGAUGAGUGCUGCAAGUGGCACGGUGUGGAAUGUGAUGCUGCUGGCUACGUCGUCAGUUUGCAGCUCGAUGAUGAGUCUAUUUCUGGUGGAAUCGCGGAUUCAUCGAGUCUCUUCAAACUUGUGCAUCUGCAGAAGCUAAAUCUAGCCUACAAUAAUUUCAACUUCAUUCCCAUUCCGAAAGGUAUUCACAAUCUCACCUAUUUGACACACUUGAAUUUAUCCUAUGCUGAUUUUGGAGGGCAGGUUCCCGCUGAGAUUUCUUCCUUGAGGAGGUUGGUUAGUCUCGAUAUCUCCUAUGAUUAUAGAAUAUCUGUGAAACUGGAGAUGCUUGUCCAAAAUCUAAUAGGGCUUCGAGAGCUCUAUCUUGAUUAUGUAAAUGUUACUUCCUCUCAUGAGAGAAGAAAAUGGAGCCUCAUUAUAUCAGCAUAUUUACCCAACCUCACCACGUUGAGCUUGCGUGGUUGUGGUUUGUCUGGGCCUUUAGCUAAGUCCUUUUGGCAACUCCAUUCCCUUUCCAUCCUUCGACUAGAUUUUAACGACGAUCUUGAAAUAGAACCUCCAGACUUGUUCGCCAAUUUUCCAAGUUUAACCACUUUGUCUCUUCCUGGCUGCGGUUUGAAGGGUUCGAUUCCAUCCACCUUUGCUAACCUAACCAAGCUGAUUCAUGUCGAUUUAUCAUACAACUUAUUCACAGGCUCACUUUCUUCUACGCUGUUUGAAUAUCUUUCCAAUCUUGUUUAUUUGCAUCUGAGGAGUAAUUCAUUCUCUGGUGAUAUUCCCCACUCUCUCCUUGCUCUCCCUUCAUUGUUGGAACUUGAUCUAAGCAACAAUCAGUUUAAUGGCACUUUGCAACUGGACAACUUUCCAAGUCUUGCAAAUCUAACCCGACUUGAUCUAUCUCACAAUAGAUUGUCAGUAGAUGUUGGCAACGUCAAUUCGACUUCAUAUGGAAAUCUCCAACUGAAAGCAUUAGGACUAGCUUCUUGUAACUUGUCCCAUUUUCCUAAUUUCAUCAAACAUUUGGAUAUGGAAGAAGUGGACUUCUCAAACAAUCGGAUUGGUGGGGAGAUACCUAGUUGGAUUUGGGGAACACAUCUCUGGUAUUUGAAUCUUAGUUUCAAUCUUCUAACAGAUUUGCAAAAGCCUUACCAUAUCCCUGCUUCGCUUGAAUACCUAUACUUGCACUCUAACCAGCUCAAUGGUGAGUUGCACCUUACCAUUGCCCCCGCGUCUCAACUCUCACACUUGUCUCUUGCUACUAACAGUUUAAGUGGAUCAAUUCCAACCUCCCUUUGCAGUGCCACUCAACUCCUUCUUCUUAACUUGUCUGGCAAUAAAUUAAGUGGCAGCAUUCCACCUUGCCUACUUGAAAACAUUAGUAGCAUCAAUUUGAGGCAAAACAGCAUAGGCGGUCGCAUCCCUGAUAACUUUUCUCAGGAUUGUAAGCUACAAUAUUUGGAUCUUAACAACAAUAGUUUACACGGGAAAAUCCCAAAGUCCCUUCAAAAUUGCAGGUGGUUGGAGUUGUUGAACGUUGGGAACAACAGCAUCAACGACACUUUCCCAUGCAUGCUAUCAUCCACCUUGUGGGGUCUUGUUUUGAGUUCCAACAAAUUCCAUGGAGAAGUUACAUGUCACACGAGCUGGCCACUGCUUCAAAUUGUAGAUAUAUCAUCAAAUAAUUUCAGUGGAUGUCUGCAAUCAAUAAACUUCUCUAGUUGGAGAUCAAUGGCGUUCAACAACAUUAAUAGCUACCUCCCACUGUCCAUCUCUACCGUAACACUUACCAUUAAAGGGCAGUUCGUUGAGCUUGAUAAGAUUUGGGCAGGCUUGGGCACCAUUGAUUUCUCGUGCAAUAAUUUCGGAGGAGAGAUACCAAAUGCUAUUGGUGAUCUUACCUCACUUUAUCUUCUCAACUUCUCCCACAAUGCCCUCAAUGGAAGCAUCCCAAACUCAUUUGGUCAGCUGAGGAAUCUUGAAUCACUCGACCUCUCUGGAAACCGACUACCAGGGCUGAUACCAGUGGAGCUUGCAGGGCUCACAUUCCUUUCAUUUUUGAAUCUGUCCUACAAUAAGCUGGUUGGAAAGAUUCCAAAUGGUCGUCAGUUACAAACAUUUUUAGCUGAUUCCUUCAAAGGAAAUCCGGGGUUGUGUGGUUUCAAUCUCAACAUAAGCUGCAGUAAUAGUGAUGGCGGUGAUCAUUUGUCGCCACAAGAAGAUGAAAAUGUGGGAGAGAAGAGGGAGAUCGAGUGGGAGUAUGUAUCUUCUGCGCUUGGAUAUGUUGUGGGAUUAGGAAGCAUUGCGUGGACGCUUUUAAGCAGCAGAAGCUUCAGAGAAAGAUAUUUCGAGAAAAUAGAAGAGAUUGUUGACAAGAUAUUGUACGAGAGAGCGAGGAAAAGAAGGCACGAAAGAAGAAGAAGAAGAGUAGAGAUGAGGAAUGAGGUUAGGAGACAGCAGAGAAGUUGA